ACACAAAUACAGUUCUCAGUCAUGUGAAAAAACAACUGUAACUUAUUAACCUUAUUCCACGGAUGAUUAUCGUUGUAGGACGAUGUGAAGAAAUAAUUAUCAGUGCCAAAUGGAACACGCCACAGAAACUCAGAGACCAACUGAUCAAUUGUUUACAUUAAUUAGCACUUGUCUGUAGAUGGCGUGAGUUACGGAACCUGGUGUGACCUCGUUCACAGCUCUAGUGGGAUUGACGCCUGAUAGCCCGGAUGUAGGUGUCAUAGAGGGAGGAUUCCCAGUUUAACGCCGCACCACGUGACCCCAAGUAAACCAGUUCUGGAAACCUGCAGAACUGCUUCGGGAUCUGAUCAGUCCACACUGGAUAGGAAGCAGGGACUAUGGAUGUUUUUUGAGUUUCUUAGACGGGUGUUUUACCAUUUCUUUGAAUAACGUUCCUUGAUACCUACUGGAGAUGUUUCAUUGAUCGGAGGGUCGUAUUACCCCAGAGUAGCACGUCGACGCUGGCGUUCUGCUGGUGACCUGGACGUCGUACCAGAGGCUGCCAUAUCAAUACCAACACUCCUUAUUAUCCUGGUUGUCAUGGAAACAUUGCAUCAACCGUCGUAAUGAAACUGAAAAGGUCAUUUACUUAAUGACUUGCUGAGGCCAACACAAUUUACAUCACUAGAUGUGCUGACGUGACCCCCAUAGCGGGUUAUGCAGCUUCAAAGACGUGUCUUUUUUGUGUGUGCUGGUUUAUGAAAACAUUUUCAAAAACUGUUCGAUAGAUCUACUCUGGAGUAUGUUCCAAACCGAUCUGUUUGAUCAAGUUACAGAACGAGUCAAGCGCAAAAUUCCAAUGGACCUUCUUUUGCUGCCAUUAGCCUCAAAUGACGUCACAAAAAUAUGACGUCAUUUGAUGAGGUCUGUGCUAUUCGUUUCGGUACCCUGACGCCAGAGAGUGACAAACGUAUGAUGUCACAAUCAGACAGCAUGGCCGAGGACGGAGGUUGUGAGCACAUCUACGGCUACGGUUGUCGCUUCUCCACCGCUGCUGCGACCAAAACCCUCCUUUCCGCGUCGGACAGUCCAGCAUGUAUAGGCGAAGAGCCGAGGCUUCAGAACUUCCUGGAAGUCUACGAUAGGGUCCGAUGUGAUCCAAGCGAAAGAGGUCAGAAGAAGGUGAAGGCCAGUCUGAGCGGUCAAAAGUUGGGAGGGUCACAAUGUGACGGAAGCAUUUCAUACGUGUUCACCCAUUUUGACAAUAUAGACAAAUACAUGCAGAGGUAUAGGUAUUACCACACAGUCGGGGAUGCAGGUCACACCGGUAUGGACCCUCAUCUCCUGGGCAUCGAGGUAGCAAGUGUGGCGUCCGAUGACACAAGCAACAGAAGCAUCCUGCUGAACGAUCUGACUGAGCACGGACCGAGUAUAAGCGAGUUCCGGACGCUCCUCGUGAACAGCAGACGACGCUCGACCGACCUAUCGUCUGCCAAGAGGAACAAGUCCGCCCCUUGCUCCCAAAACCUGAAACAAUCCAAACGUCUGUACCUGACGUGGGAGGAGUACAUGUCAAUACACGGCCCAGACGUCACGCCCAGACAAUCUCCACAGCAUCUCCAGACAUGCACCAGUUUUGUGCUCGACAGAGACGAGCAGACGACACCCAAGACUAUGAGGAAGGUCUCGUCUGCGUUCCCGUUGCGCUCUUCCGGUGCCAGUUUAAGUACAGAGACACCAAAAACCCGGGUCAAAUUGAAGACUCUAAUACUAAAGGUAAGGAAAAUCUUGAUGUUGAGAAGUCUCCAGUAACCAUGUCUCCCGCUGCCCCGGAUGUGAAAUCAAGACGGGUUUCUUCCUCCGCCUCUGUGAUUCCUCGUGCAUGGUCAGCAUCAGCCCCCACCACUUCCAGAUUCAAAAUGACCACAGUGAAGGAAAGGCCGAGAGUGUGCAGCAAAUCAGUCAUGAAGGAAAUAUUGAACAACCAAGCUGCCCAUCAUUCCUUCACAGAAGCAUCCCGUCGUUCAGCAGCGCAGGGGAACCAUACCAACAUUGUGUCGUCACCACAUUCUCAUCCCGAACAGUGCAAAACAGUAAAAUCUUCAAAGAGGGAACCUUCCCAGAAUGAACAGUUCAAGAAGUUUUCCAAUAACAGGUGCCCGAACUCACGGGUUGGAGUAAUGUACAAGUUCUCAAAAGUCAGGAGACACCAAAUACAUUUAUGAUAAAAUAUAAUCAAUAAAAGAAAAUUAGUUUGUUUAUUCUUUGAACUUUGUCACGGGUGAAUAAGGAAAGGAGGGAGUGAGAAAUGGCAAUGCAAUGAACCUUUGUGGCGGGAGUCUGCUUGAGUGUUAUUUAGGGCAGCAGAGCAAUGCUGCAGCCAAUCUCAUUGGCCGAGUAUUAAAUCGAGUCUGUGACCUCGUAUGGUGGUGCCCUCAGACCUUGACGCAUGGAUGGGCGGU